UUUGUAUGUAAGCAAAAUUGGCCACAUUGUCAGUUUGACUCCAAUUUGCCAACUUUUUCUAGCCGGUGAAAUUCCAUGUCGUCAACUAUUUUAUUUCCGGUCGCCGGAGAGGACCUUCUUGUAGUUCUGAAAGUCUCCUUCCGUCGGUCUCCGAUGUAGAAUUUUGGGGUUCUUCUGUUCUGGGAGGCUUCUUGCAGGGAUCUCAGAGAAGAUGGGGGCAGAGAAGACCUCGACCUCCGGGAGCGAUUCCGAGACGCAGGUGGCGUUGAACGUCUACGAUCUCACGCCCAUCAAUAAUUACACCUACUGGUUCGGUUUCGGCAUCUUUCACUCGGGCAUUGAAGUACAUGGUAAGGAGUACGGCUUUGGAGCACACGACUUCCCAGUCAGUGGAGUUUUUGAAGUGGAACCAAGGAGUUGCCCAGGUUUUAUAUAUCGGUGCUCUGUACCAUUGGGCCGCAUAGAUAUGCCUCCCUCUGAUUUCAGAACAUUUAUUGAGAAUAUGGCUUCUGAAUACCAUGGAGAUACGUAUCACCUCAUUUCCAAGAACUGUAACCAUUUCACCAACGAUGUGUCGCAGAGAUUGACAGGCAGAAGGAUCCCUGGGUGGGUUAAUAGACUUGCUCAUUUAGGUGCUUUAUGCAGUUGUCUUCUUCCCGAAAGCCUCCAAGUGACAACAGUUAAACAGUUGCCAGAAUACCAUGAGUGUUCAGAGGAAGAUAUGACCGAAUCUUUAUCAACAACGCCUCAUGAGUCUACUGAAAUGGAAGAUGUCGAGCAAGAGAGGCACUUGCUGUCGAGCCCAUCUAUAAGUGGGGAGGUUUCAUUUAUUAAAGAGGCGAUACAAAAGUGAGAUUGGGCUAAGCUCGCCCUCUGCAACUGUUUGUAACUUUAGUGACAUUGUGGACUGGAGGACGUUUUGUUUUCCAUUUGUUUGCACUAAAAAUUUCUUCAAUUAAUUUGCGGUUUCUUUCAUUAUUUUGGCUCUCCAAAACCCUGUAUGAUGUGAUAGCGUGAUUCAUUUAUUUUCUGUUGUUA